AUGUCCACUGUAUCAGUUGAUCCAAGUAUUGUUCCGUUCAUUUCACCCCUUGUUGUGCUUGUCCGCUCUCAGAUCGGGGUUGUAGCGCUGCUCGUAUACGAGUAUGUUAUCACGCUCGAUCAAGAGAUCGCGCUUUUCUGCAAGCGCAAGAAGACGGGCGCGACCUGGUUGUUCUUUACCACACGCUACCUCGCGUUGUUGACCUACAGCCUUCUUGGUUCCGUAACGUUCAUGUCGAUGUCCGAUCGCAGGUAUGUACCGUUCCUACAUACACAUGUAUUCAUGUGUAAUCCAGCUCGACGCGGCUUUUCAAGCUGCCAGACACUGCAAGUGAUUCAAUUCUCGGGACAAACUCUUCAGUACCUUCCCUGGGCUGCAUUCUCCGGCCUGCGAGCACUCGCGAUGAGCGGGAUGAACUGGUGGCUUGCUUCCGGCGUGUUUGUCCUCGCUUCAGCCGUUACGGCUGGGAACAUAUGGGGCCUCAGCACCGGCAUUUCCGGGUCGAACCAGCCGCCGUUCGGAUGCGGAGGAGGAAACGUCGCGACGCCUCAGCAGGACUUGAUCGGUGAGCCAGCCGACACCCUUUUCAUCAACGGGACCCUAUAUUUUUUAGUCUUUAUUACGCUCAACACGAUUCAGCUCGCAUUCGCCCUCAUAUCGACUAUCUAUGCGCUCGAUACCAUAGGCGCAGUCAUCGUGUUCACCGAUCCACUUCAGGCAAUCAUGGUCUGUCGCUUCAUGCUUGCCCUACAAUCCGCAAGUGGACGCGAUGCAUUAGGCCAAGAUACCACCUUCGACGGACGCGAUGACACAAACACCACGUAUGGCGAACAGACGCUUCGCUUCGCGUCGCUCGUCGUGGGCUCUAUUGGAGCGCAGCUAGAGACAAGCGACGCCGGUAUCGAAGAAGCGCUCAUCCAGGAUUGGAGCAGCGAUGCGGGCGCAGACGUCGUCGCCUCACGUUGCCCGAGCGUUGCGGUUUUGAACCACGUGUUAGAAGAAGCGCGCGAAGCGUCCACGGGGACCACAGCAGCCGCCGAUCGCUUUGGUCGUUCGUGCCGAACCCUGCUCGUGUACGAGUAUGUGAUCACCCUCGAUCAAGAAUUCGCCCUUUUUUGGCGACGCAAGAAGACCGGUGCGACUUGUCUAUUUCUCUCCAACCGCUACAUCACCCUGCUCUGCUUCGCGGUUCUCGGCGCCGCCACAUUCGCCCCCAUGUCGGACCAUUGGCAACUCACCGCUGGCGUCACUGGCGCGAACGUACCGCUGUUUGGCUGCGGGGCCGGACUAAACGGGACACCUCGGCAACAAUUCAUGCUCUUCAUGGUGAUAAACACCAUUCAGCUGGCCUUUACCAUCGUCUCCUACUUCUACGCGCUAGAGACCAUAGGGAUAAUCAUGGCCUUCACGGCCCCUUUGCAGGCUAUCAUGACCGGCCGCUUCCUGAUGGCGCUGCAAUCGGCAGAUCGGCGGGUCGUGGGCGGCGGAUUAACAUCUGGCGUCAACGCCGACGGCCAAGACACUGGUGCUGACGGCGGGAAUACGCUCCGCUUUGCGUCUCGCGUCGUCGGCUCUAUCGGCGGAGACCUAGGCACUAGCUACAUCAAUACCGCCGACGAAUUUGACGAAUACCCAGUUGAUGAAGAGGAGGACUCCGUAGGAAACCGUGGCUCGGCGUGCUCGAGGGAAGAGGAGCGUCACUCACCGUCUGAUGGCGAAGCCUGA